AUGCGUCUCCUACUCGCACUCAUUGCCCUCGUCGCCGCUUCAGCCGAAGUUUGUGCUCCUGCCGGGUGUCUGUCCGGCAAUUCCACCUCUCAGCUCCUCGCAUCUGACGGGACGACCUACAUAACGCCUGGGUUCCACAAUUUCUCUCUAAGAGCCACCUCCCACGUUAACCAGACCAUAUCGCAGACUUCGGACAGCACCAGGGUUCUCCCGCCACCCAAGCCUCUCAUCUUCCCCAGGCCGUUCUACGUUGGGGAACCCGGAUCGGGGUCGUGGGAGAGCCUCUACCUGCCGCCCAACUGGUAUGCGCUGAUCGGAGGCCAUGCUAUCUGGGGCGCUGUGCCUAAUCGUGGGGAGUUGGCUGCGGACAAGAAUGACAUUGAAACAUUCGGUUCUGCGCUCUGUUCUCCACCUUGUUCUCAUGGUAAUUGUACACCAUCACCGACUAACGACAAUCCCACCUGCAUCUGCGGCCCAGGCUGGGCCGGCACAGCUUGUGACGAGUGCGCUCCGAACCACUAUGGGCCCUCUUGCCAGGUAUGCCUUGAGACUUGCCCACGCUGCGACGACGGCCUAGAAGGCUCGGGCUACUGCCUCGGGCCAAGUGGACCAGAAGCGUGCAACUGUGUUCAUGGAUCAUGCGGUACUGAUGGCAAGUGCACUUGUUCUGCCGGUUGGAAGACCGACCCCACCCAGCCGAAGCAAUGUAACACUUGCGUCAAGGGCUUCUACCUCACUUCUAAUGGGGAAUGCGCAGUCUGUCCGGCCGGAUGCACCGAGUGCGUCCUGUCCGGCAGCCAAGUAGAGCCAAUGUGCACGGCUUGCGCAGCCAACAUGAACUUGAACCAGGCGGUGCCCUCGCGCUGCCAGGCCCUCUCCCCCUGCGCGGCGCGCGAGUACUACGAUCUCGAGGCGUUUACCUGCAACGCGUGCUCCGGAAUCUGCGACUCAUGCACCGGCCCAUCGUUCAACGACUGCAUCACUUGCGUCUUCCCCCGCGCCAUGCUCAAGGGCAAAUGCGAGUACAUGGAAGCGCAGUCGGGCGUGUGCGACUCGAGCCUCACCAAGCUGGACGGAACGUUCGUGCGCUCCAAGGAGAAGGGGAUCUGCGACUCCUGCCCUGUGGGGUGCAAGAAAUGCCACAUGCCCGAGUGGAACCUAGCAAAGCCGUGGGGCGACAUCGCGUGCACAGCGUGCCAGGAUGGAUACAUCCUCCAGGACAAAGCGUGCGUCAAGGAGUGCACCCCCGGCAGUUUUUGGUCCUCGAACAACGACACGAGCGGCACCUGCCAGGCCUGUGACGCCGCGUGCAAGAUGUGCCUCGGCAACGCUGAGCACUGCACAUCCUGUGCCUCCGGUCCCGUGUUCAACGGGACGUGUGUCGACUUGUGCCCGGAAAGGACGCACCUUGUGGGCAGUGUCUGCCUCCCAUGCCACCCCGACUGCCAGACGUGUUCAGCACCUGGCGUAGACCAGUGUCUUACCUGUCCAGCUGACCGACCCGUUCUCUCCAAUGGCCGCUGCAUCCCCUACUGCUCACCCGGCACCGUCCUCGAGCAAGGCAACUGCCGACCCUGUGGUGGCAACUGCACCUCCUGCCUUCCCAGCGGGUGCACAGCUUGCGUCGACGACUUUAUCCUCUCUGGCGGCGUGUGCUCCCUCGCAGCGUGCGAGGGACCCUUCGCCUCGGGUCUCGGCGUCUGCCUCUCCGCCUUCGUCCAGACGACAAGCUCCAACCCGAAUACCUCCCAGCCCAAGCCCAAGUCCAAGUCCGGGAAUCUCUUGUGGCUCGCUGGGGUCGGCAGCGGUCUCGCACUUCUCCUCCUCAGUGCUGUGUGGUUCGUUCGUCGCGAACGUCGGCGCACCCGGGAUGCUACCACGGAAUUUGCGCGCCAGAUGGACGACCAGAGCGUUCGCAAGCGCCUUGCUCGACUGUUUGGGUCCGACGAACCGCGUCCCCGUCUGCGGGAGUUCCGCCUGCGUCCUCGCACUGCCCGCUCACGCAUGCCCCGGGCACCAGACGCGCCAGACGUGCGGAAGCCCCCUCGCACGCCUCCGCCAAAGAAGCCGAGCGUCGACGCGCAGUGGGUCACCCCACCGCCGCCAUACGCGCCUCGCAAGUGCCCAACCUCACCCAGGUUCGUCAACAUCCCCCUCGAGCCGCUUAGCCUUCCGCCACCACCUCGUGCCUCCCCUAGCCCCAUCCGUACCCCUGACCAAAACCUCACCACUCAAGGAAAGGGGCCGGCGGACGCUGUGCCUCUCUCGCCCGAGGCGAUUCGUGAGCUUGGCGAGCUGUGGCCACAUUUCGGCCGUCGUUGCAGCCACGGUAUUGUGUAG